AUGAACAGAUAUGAAGAAGAUUCUGGUCGAGACUACAGUCGUCACAGUGGUCGUUUUUCUCGACGACGUGGAUCAAGAGAAAGGCAUCACGAGCGUUCUCGUGAUCGUAGUCCGAUCUCAGCCAUUCCUUCCAGGCAAUCUUCGAAUGCCCCAGAAUCAUCCUCACGUUCAAGACGAAAGGCAGCAACUAGAGAUUCAAAAGGACGUGGAGGAGGAGGAGGAGGUGGAAAGAAGUCCUAUCGAAGCGGUAUUCGCAGUAGUCGUCAUCGUCGAUCACCAGUACCACGUAGGAAUCGAUCACAUUCUACAUCUCGAAGAUCUGCUCUUCCGGAAGUUUAG